UGAUUGGGAGAAGGCUGCUUCUGUGUAUUGCUAUCGCAUUUAUUGCCCCCAGAAACCUCACAGAGAUUGUGUGGUCAGUGGAACAUACAAUUCGGGAUGCUGCGAUGAAUAUUUCUUUGACAAUACAACAUGCAGAUCGGACAUGGGUCAGUAUUACGCCAUUGGGGACACCUGGAGCCCAGCCGACGAGCCUUGCAAGAAGUGCACCUGUCAGGCAGACGGAAACGCCACCAAAACCGUAUGUGUCGCUAGAAACUGCCCCGAUCCGCCAGGAACCAAUUGUCGUCCGCUCACCCUGCAGUUCCAGUGCUGUCCUUACGACUGGGAUUGCUCCGACUCAUACCUGAUCACGACGCCAAAGAAGUGGGUUAGAGGACAGGAAGCGUCCGUCUGCGUCUUCCUAAUCGGCGCACCAGAUUUCAAUUUAAGUUUCUCGCUCAAAGACGAUUUGGAGGUUGUGUCCCAGGUCAGCUUAGAAUAAACCGCUGCAAGCGGAUACCAUUGCGUGAAUGUGACAGUUCCCAGAAGCAUUGGCUAUACUUCUGUGCUUGAAAUUUCUGGAGAAAUAAACACUGCCUCCAUCUCCCAAAAAUGCGACCUGAUUCUAAUGUCCGUUAUGGAGACUUUUAUUCAAACCGACAAGUAUCUGUACAUGCCAGGCCAGUGAGUGCAGUUCCGCAUCCUGACCAUUACUGGAACGAGAGCUCUCGUUUCUUAUGAAGAUAUUCCUGAGAUAUGGAUCAACUCACCGAAAUGGCAGUAGGUUGACUCAGUGGAAAAACACUCCCAAUCCAGCUGGACUGCUGCAGUUGGACUUCCAGUUAGCUGAGGAGGUGGAAGAGGUACACCUAUGGUCAGCCUGUUAACGGGACCCUCACGCUGUCUUUGGCCAAUUCGUAUUAUUAUUAUUAUUUCUACGACGAUCAAUCAACCCCGUUUCUAUAUGUGGAGAAGGUACGCUUUUCUUGUUUGCAAACUAGCGAUUUGCUGUUUUCUGUUUUCUAUGUAAAAAAAAAUGAUAUAUCAGAAACAAAAAUCGUAUAGAAUUGAUCUCAUUAUCAGACAAUUUACAAAUGGAGAUGAACUCAUCCAGUCGUCCUGUUAGUGGUAUUUACCUCCCUCUGACAAAAAAUCAUUGAUAAACCUCAAAAAUCUGUUCCUGUCUUAGUUCUAAUUAUUAUGGUACUCAUGGGUUUAUAAGCUGACAAAAACACUUAAACUUGUUCAGUAUGAAUAAAUGUUAAUGCUCUCAGAAAAAACAUUCUGUGAUCAGUUAAUUAUUUUAAAGUUACUAUGCAGCAUGACGGAUGAUUUCAUAUCCUUAAAACGAUAUGUAUAUACCUGCUCUUGUACGUUUUAGACUAUUCUUUUUCUUCUUAUUUUCAAUGCAUUCUAUUAAAGCCUGUUGGUUGGAGUGAAUAACUGAAAAUUUAUAUUUCCAAAUGGAGAAUUUGCUCGCCUGAGUAAACUCUUGUCUUAGCUGUAAGAUUAAUGUUAUUGUAGCAUAAUUAAUUUAUUUCAUCUUAGAUAUUCUAUAAAUACUUCCUUAGACAUUCAGUGGUUGUGACGUCGUGAAUACCACAGCCACUGUGGAAGUGAAAUAUCAAUCCCACAAUUUAGAAACUAUUACCACUGAAGAAAGCUUGAAACCCGGACUGCCGUUUAAUUUCAGAGUGAAGGUGACUAAACUAGGUUCUCCGACACCCGAGGGCGAUAUUGUUACAGUAUGUCCGGGCUAUGGCUAUCCUUGUAAAAACUACACAGUGGAUGAAUCCGGUAUAAUCAACGCCAUCAUUCCUCCUCACUAUUUUGAGGAUUACUCAUAUUUAUAUUUGUGGGUAGAUGCCCUCGGUGAAUCUCAGGGAGGCAAUUUGGGCUGGAUGUACCCUGGUUCCACGGUACACUCCUGAAAAAAUUCUUCUCUGCAUCUCAAUCCAGUCUCAGCCUGGGGUUGCUGCCUAAGUCACACGAAUGUUCAACUAAUGGAGAAACAAUCACAAUCCCUGUGAUGUUUGUGGCUAACGGUACUUCUUCCAUCGUUCUACACAUCCAGGUGUUCUCGAGAGGUCAGAUCACCUACACCAGCGAAGAAGUCCACGACUUGAGUCCAAAUGACCUCCCAAUCAACAACUCAGAUCUUCUGAAGCCUUUGCAACCACUCAAUGACAGCAGCCUCAUCAGAGGAUACUUCAACAUUGACAUUCCCUUAGGGCCAUUGACUUCGCCUUAUC